AUGCGACCGCCUCGCGGCUUGGACACGUCGAUCCUGUCGACCAGCACAACCCGGGCAUCAUGGUGGGAGUCUUUGCAGUGCUCGGAAAGCACUGCUGUGGAAUGGACCAAAGCAAUCCGGGGCCAACCGUGGCUGUUUGCAUUUGGAGCUUUGCAGGUGUUGGAGAAGAAACGCAUCCAGAAGGAUGUGGUUCUUUGCAACACCGUGAUCUCUUCGUGUGAGCACAGCUCUCAGUGGCCUCGGGCAUUGAAUCAGUUCGCCAGCUUCCAGCACAGCCUUCUGCAUGCAUCGGUCGUCUCAUUUGGAGCAGUGAUGAGUAAUUGUGAGAAGGCGGAUCAAUGGCAUAUGGCUGGUCAAUUGCUCUCACAACUCUACUCCACGGAGCUUGAGUCCAAUGCUAUUCUGUUGGCUUCGGCCAUGAGCGCAUCCGGUGGUGAAGCCUGGCGUUGCACCAUGGCCUUGCUUCAACAGUUCUCCUCCUCGAUGAUGAAAUGCGACGUGAUUUGCUUUAACAGUGCUGUCAGUGCUUGUGGAGAAGCAAAACGAUGGGCGAGCGCGUUGAAGAUUUUGUUGGAUGGGAAGUGCCAGCAGCUGCGAAGUACGAUCGUGUCAUACAGUGCAGCCAUGAGUGCAAGUGAGAACCAAUGGCUUUCUGCUUGGCACUUGUUUCAGCUACUGCGCAGUGACGGAGUACUCGUGAGCACAGUUCCCUUUAAUGCUGUCGCCAGUGCUUGCGAAAAAGCAGCAGAGUGGGAAAAUGCCCUGCACCUCGUAAUCCAAGUUGACUUGAUGCGUUUGCAGCGCAGCAUCAUCACCUAUGGCUCUGGCAUCAGUGCGUGUGAGAAGUCGCUGGAGGAGUGGGGCUGGUCUCUGCACCUGCUGGCGGAACUCCUGACACGGUCGCUGCAAGGCAACCUGGUGGUGCACAAUGCAGCAAUCAGCGCGUGUGAGAAGGGCGCCCAAUGGCAACAUGCCCUUCGGCUGUUGAGUACAUUCAAUGACCGAGACCUUGAAAGUGAUUUGAUGUCGUUCAAUGCCCUCAUCAGUUCUUGUGAAAAGGCACAGCAGUGGCAAGCGGCACUACAUUUGCUUCGUCUCAUUCCACUCAUGCGCCUGCAGCGGAGCAUCAUCACUUAUAGCUCGGCCAUCAGCGCCUGUCAGAAGGCCAGCGACUGGGAGCGUGCUUUGCUGCUGGUGGCAGAGCUCACGGCCGUGCAACUUCCUGGGAACGCCAUUGCCUACAAUGCGGCCUUGACUUCCUGUGAAAUGGGCUCACAAAGUGUCCAAGCUUUGCUGCUCUUGAAACGCCUCGAAGAGACCCAGGUGGAAGCGGAUGACUUCGCCUACGCUGCUGCCCUCCGCACGCUAGGCCGCUGCGAGGACUGGCGCUCCGCAGCGGCGCUGUUUGCAACGCUGCCCACGGCCGGCGGUGCAGCAUUUUCGGCGGAGGUCAGGCAUAACGCCCUGCUCAGCGCCUACGAGAAGAGUGCUGUGUGGCUCCAGGCUUUGAAGCUGAUGGCCGCGGUGCCGGCCCUCGGGGACAGGUUUGCCAUCAGCGCGGCGUCCAGCACUUACGCAGACGGACAUGCCUGGCCGGCGGCGCUUCAAGUGGCGGAGGGCAUGGAGCCUGACCGAGUGAUCUAUGGCACCCUGCUCAAGGCGUGCAUGGUCAGCUUGAAAUGGUCAAAGGCCGUCGGUUUGCUGCAGAGCAUGGAGGAAGGAUCUCUUCCAGGAGAUGUGACCACUUGCCACGCCGCCAUCAGCGCCUGUGAUGUGCCGCUGCCGCUGCUGCAGCUGUUAGCGCGCAUGGAGCGCAUCACCACUGGAUUGGUGAAAAAGUAG